AUGAUAUGACCCCUCCCCCACCUCGCCAUCGCUAUGCGAUCCAGUCCAGUUCCGUCCGUGUUCCACGUUCCACUGUCCACAUUCAGCUGCAUUCAGUCGCCAUAUUGUACAGAAAGAACGGGAGGCGCAAGCACGCCAUUGUGCAUAUCACGUUAAUCCUUGUCUGUCUUUCACGAAUAACGAAUAAUAUCAAUAUUUCAAUGCAUGGACAAUAUGUACAGUAACAAUAUUGACCCUUGGGAGCCAGGCUAUGGACCCGAAAGGAGGGGGCACAAUUUGGAUUAUGAUUAUCGUAACGAAUAUGGAAGCAGCAGGUCACCAGAUUAUGUAGAACAUCGUGAGAAUGAUCAUCGUGAUCGAGACCAUCGAAGCCCGGAAUACAGGAAUCAUCGUAGCCGAGACAGAGAUCGUGAAAGAGACAGAUCGCGAGACAGAAGGGAUCGUAGCAGGGAUGAGAGAGAUCGUAGUUACAGAGACAGAGAAGAUCGUUAUGGAAGGCAAAGGGACAGAGAUUCCGUAGAAAGGGAUAGAGAUCGGGAUCGUGAUCGCGACAGAGAUCGUGAUCGAUCUAGAAGAGAAAGAGAUAGGGACAGAGAUCGAGAUCGUAGAGGGAAACGGGAAGACAGAGAGCGGGAUCGUGAUGAUGAUCAUAGUCGAGAGAGUAUGGACUUUGAGCACGACCAUGGACGUACUUAUGGUUCGUCCAUGGAAGGCAUCCACUACAAAUCUCAAUCUCCCAACAACACUAUAAUGAUUCGUGGGCUUGCUCAGCACAUAACAGAAAACGACGUGCGGCAAGACAUCCUCAACUGUGGCCUCAUGCCCAAGGACAUCAGACUAAUUCGUAAAAAGGAUACAGGUGCUUCGCGAGGUUUUGCAUUCGUCGAGUUUAACGCGACUCAGGAGGCCGCACGGUGGAUGGAGAUGAAACAGGGAGUACUGAUGCUGCAGGACCAAUACCGCGCCUUGAUGCAAUACAGUAUACCGAAAGAUUGCCAUGUAGAUAAACCACCAGCGAAGAAUACUCAAGAUUGGCACUGCGUUAAGUGCGGUGCACAUAAUUUUAAAAGACGCGAAACUUGUUUCAAAUGUUCCGCUUCUCGAGCCGAGAGCGAGGAGGGCGGAGAGGGCAGCGAUGAAAUUAGUCCUCAUCCGACGAACACCGUUCUUCUUCGAGGAUUGGAUGUGUUAACGACCGAAGAUUCGGUGUUACAAGCAAUGAAGAAUCUUUCGUCGAUGCCGAUUCGUAGCAUCCGCAUUGGACGCGAUUCCCUUACAAACACGUCGAGGGGCGUCUGCUACUUAGAGAUGGGCAACGUGGUGGAUGCCAUGUAUCUGCAUACGGCUCUUACCAAACAGGGACUUGUAGUGGAUGGCAGAAAGGUGGAGAUCGCUUACUGCAAACUUCACCAGAUAAAUAAUACCAACACGUGGAAGGCGAACGACAAUCAGCCGCAAAGAUACACAUUGGACGAUGUUGCUCAAUUGGCAGAAUACAGUGCCAACUUGUACGCUAAGACGCCUGCACAGAAAGCUCAUUACCUUCAGUAUUAUACGCAAUAUUAUCAGAAUCAAAUAAUGCAAGGAUCUGCGAUCACGUUGCCCUCUUUGAAUCAGACCGAUCGCGUGAAUGCGGCCGCGGCCGUGGCACAAUCUGCUAUACAGCAGUUGCAGGCAUCCAGAAAAUUGGGAGAUUCCGAAGAAAUGAAGAGUAGACCGACGCCUACCGCACCGACCAGUACCGCAUUGGCGAGUGGAAGGGUACCGGCGCAUGGUAGCGAUGGUAAAGUUUAUUCUGUACCCGAUGUUAGCACUUACCAUUACGACGAGUCGUCGGGUUACUACUACGAUCCAAGUACAGGGUUGUAUUACGAUCCUAAUUCGCAAUAUUACUACAACAGUCACACGCAACAAUUUCUUUAUUGGGAUGCCGAAUCCUUUUCGUAUCAACCAGCAAAGACCGCUGCUGCUGCUGCCGCUGCUGCUGCCGCUGCCGCUGCCACCACUGCAACUCAAGGGAGCGGAGUUACAUCCAGCGGAAAUAUAACUGCUACAGCCGGUAGUACCGACACGACGACAAACACGGUCAUGACCAAUCAAGCAGCGAGUUCUUCAAUCGCUACCGCUGCUCAAGAAACGUCCAAAGAGGAUGAGAACAAGAAGAAAGAUAGUAAACAGGAUAAGGUGAAGGUGGCGAAGAAAAUAGCAAAAGAUAUGGAACGUUGGGCGAAAACGUUGAAUCAAAAAAAGGAGAAUGCUAAAAGUAAUUGGAAUUCUGAAUUCGCUGGUGGCGAUGGCAAUCAAGGUGUCGGUAGCGGAGCUGCAGACGCUGGAUACGCUAUAUUGGAGAAAAAGUCUCUGGCCAAUUCUUAUCACGAGGACGAAGACCAAAGUGCAAACAACGGUUUGGUUGCUGCCUACGGCGGUGGCAGCGACACGGAAGAAGAGAUCGAGGAUGUUCAACAAGAGGAAAGGCAACACACGGACUGGAGUAAAUUGGCGUGUUUAUUGUGCAAACGGCAAUUCCCCAGCAAAGAAGCGUUGAUGCGACAUCAGCAGUUAUCCGAUCUCCAUAAACAAAAUUUGGAAAAUUGGUACCAAGUGCGCGGUUUAGAUCCGAAUGAUCCCCAACAAAGAAAUAACAAGUAUCGCGACCGUGCUAAGGAAAGGAGGGCCAAGUACGGUGAACCAGAACCUCCGCAGCCGAAUAAACUUAAGGAGAAAUACUUAAAAACCAGAGUCGAAGAAGUACCUGUGUCUUACGAGGAACCGACGAGAGCCGGUAUCGGCUCAGAUAACGUUGGCAAUAAACUGUUACAAAAAAUGGGCUGGAGCGAAGGGAUGGGUCUUGGUAAAUCAAAUCAAGGCAGGACGAGUAUCAUUGAGACGGAAAGAAGAAUUCCUACGGCCGGAUUAGGAGCGAAGUCUUCGUCGUACAAUGCAUUGCCAGGUGACACGUAUAAGGAUUGUGUGAAGAAGAUGAUGUACGCGCGUUACCAAGAAUUAUCCGACACAUAAUACAUCGAGUAACGUUGAAAAUAGAUUUUAUAUAUAAAUAAGUACUUGUACCCGAUUUUCCAUAGAUAAAUAGAUAUGUACGCUAUACGUAUUCUUCAAAUAACGUUCUGAUUAGACAAAUACUUGGAAUUCAAGAGUGAUCGUCCAUUAUUGAGAAAUACAUAUAUUUCUUUUUUUUUUUGUUA